AUGGUGAGAACAAGAGGAGGAAAAAGCUAUCGAGGAUCAAGGAGCUUUCAAUUGCGUGAUGAAGAUCCUGAAAAUUUGGAAAAUGAGGAAGGCAUCGGUGGUGGUUCUGAUGAUGAUCAGGAGCCUAAGAAAACUCGGGGACCAACUUAUAUGAGACACAUUUGGGGUAGACAUGUUGGUACAAAUAGAAGCAAAUUCAAUGAAUUUUUGGGAGCAUUGGCAAGAAUUGGAAAAUAUGCACCAAUUGACAUUGAUAGUUGGCGUAAAGUUCCCAAGUCUUUAAAGAAUGACAUGAUAGAUGUAGUAAAGGAAAAAUUUGAUCUCCCUGUUGGCAUAGAAGAACGAGUUAAGCAAUCAGUAGGAAAGAAAUGGAGAAGCUGGAAGCAUGCUCUCAAGAAAACUUAUUUCAAUCCAAAUGAGUCAAUUGAAAGUCAAAGAAUAUCUGCAACGAACAAGGAGCACCGAGAGAAGAAAAAGAUGAAUCAUAGUACAGGGAAAAAGCCAUUUGCUCAAGAAAAAGAGGUUGGGCAUUCUCUCUCUAGAGCAGAUAUGUUCACCAUAUGCUACACUAAUUCUAAUGGAGUGCCAUCUAGUUAUGAAGUUGGGGAAAAAAUGGAGGAGAUGGAAAGCUUAAAAAAUCAACUUCCAGAAGGAGAAGAAAAUAGUGUGGGUAGGAAUGACGUGUAUGCAAAAGUAAUGGGUGAAGAAAGGAGUGGAAGAGUUCGUACAUAUUGUUUAGGAGUUACACAAUCUGAUUUGUGGGGCGAUAUACCAAGUCGUUCAACAUGUUUUCGCUUGGUUAUGGAACAAAGCGCUGCGAUGUCAAAAAUGGAGCGAAGAAUUCAGCAACUAGAAUCAAUUCAACAAGGAAGAUCACAAGGACAAAUUUCGCCAUCUUCGCAAAGACAUACUUCACAGUCAUCAAAUGCUAUUUCUCGGCCAAUACAAGUUGGGGAUAAAGUUACAAUAAGAAGCAUGGUUGAUUCGUCCAAAAUUUGUGCUGUUGGAGUGGUUAGAAAUUUGGAUCCAACUGCUGAAGUUGGUGACAUACCUUUGGGAUCACAUUGGUGUGAAGUUCAUGUGAAUGUGCCUGUGGAGAAUGAUGAAGAGCUAAUGAGGCCAUACCAUAAUUUUCUCAAGAUUGGAGAUGCAAUUGGAGUAGCUAUUGCUUGGCCAAUAAACCUGGUGAUUCUUGAAGAAAACUAA